CAAACGAACGCGCACGAACCAUGGCGUACCAGGCGCGCGGGUCGCCCGCGCGGCCCAGCUUCGACAGGCUGAGCUCGAGCGUGUCGACCGGCUUCCACGAUGACAGUAGUAGCCACUACGAGGACGACGAGACGGUGAGCCUCCACCUGCGCUUCUCGCCUGCUGCAGCACCGGCCGUGCGGCCGCCCUCGUCUCCAGCUCCUUCGGUUCUUUACACUUGGCCCCUCCUCAUGCUUUCUAUCGCCACCUCCUCUCCUCCCUCUCGCUUGUGCGCCCUGCGCCCCCCUCCCGCCGGCGCUGACACUAGGUCGAGAGCCUUAUGAGCAAGCUCGCGAUCGAGCGCAGAGUGCAGUACGGCGCUGAGAAGAUGCUCGAUGUCAUCGAGAGCCGCGCCGGCGCGGACAAGGACCAGGUCAAGGCGCGGAUUACGGCUCAGCUCGAAGUGGCCAACGAGCACAUCAAGGCGCUCGAGGGGCGUCUCGAGCGGCUACGAGGAAAUUCGGCACAGUGGAGACGACCACGGCGGCUCAAUGGACUCUCCUCCUCCGCGUCCUCGUCGACGCUGCUGUCGGCUGGCGUGCGGCCCAAGGUGUCGCGGCAGGGGAGCUUCACGACGACGGACGACCACAGCGGGGUCAGCACGCCGGGGUUCAUCUCCCCGUGGCCAGUCGAGGCCGGGUACGAGAGCGACGACGACACCAGCGCCGCGUCUAGAGAGACAGCGGGUAUUUUGUUGGGCCGGCUGCGCGGCGCGCAGGGUGACGAGGCGUGGGAGGCGCUCACGCGCCUCACGGACAUGCUUAAGAAGAAGCCGUCAUUGUACCGCCGCCUCGAGAUCGCCGAGGUCGUCCAAGCGACGCUGCCGCAGCUAGCGGACUAUUCCACCAUACGGAGGCGGACAGCAGCGUACCGGCUGCUUCGGUACUGCCUCGAUCGGCGGACAUGGGGAUGCAUGGUGAAUGCAGGCAUUGAGGCUGUCAUCAUCCGGACAUUUACACGCGACGCAAAGGCUGUUCUUGAGCGCGAGCAGGCUCUGCUGCUCCUCCGCGCCGUGAUCACGCUACCACCACCAAGCGGACGAGAACAGCGAGCACUCGCACAACGCGCCGACGCCGCUCCUCUCCCCGACCCCGUGGCGCGCUUGCUCAUGAACCGCGUCCCAUUGCGGCAGGGGUUGGUGCGUGCGAUCGUUAGCGCAGCCGAGAACCCCGACGACGCGAUGCGCUCCGUGUGCAUGGAAACGCUGGUGGAGAUCGCCUUGCUCGACUUGGAGUGCUUAUUGUCGGCGGACGCCUUUCGCGUCGUCCUGAAUGCGUUCAAAGACGGGCCGCUCGAGCUCGGUCUGGGAAUAACGGGCAUGCUGUGCUAUCUCACGAACAUGCCCCAUACCCGCCACCUCCUAAUACCAGGGAGCGACUUUGAGAUCGUCCUCGUCGGCUUGACGGAGGAGUAUGGCAAAGUGUCGAGCCGGCACGCGCAGCGCCAGCUCGACCGGCUGGACACGUGCGUGCGCAAUGUUGGCAUGGUGCUCGGCACAUGGAGCGGUGUGCUGUAUCUCUGCAUGGACAACUGCCGGGCGAUCAAGAGCCUGAUCAGCAGCCUGUUUGUGCCGCUGCCUGAGAUGCGGAAUGCGCUGCUCGACCUCUUCUUCAGCGCGUUCCGCAUCAAGGCGCCAAGUUGGACGAGCGCGUUCCUCGAUGGCCGCCGGUUAACGGUGUACAACCGCGCAUACGAAGCAUCGACGCAGCUGCAAGAUGCGGUGGAGGACGAGGAGUUCUCCUCCCGACUCAGCAUUGUCGACAACUACGUCGCGUUCCUGCUCGCCGUGUUCAUCGAGGCCGGGCUGCUGGAGUCGCUCGUCGCGCUUAUCCAGGAGGAGGCGGGCGAGCAUAAUGUCAGCCGCAAGGCGACGCUGCUGCUCGGCGAGAUCCUCCAGCUCGCAAACCACACGCUGCCACUGCAGUACGCCGCACGGAUUCAGGCCCUCCCGCGCCUGUUUAUGGGCGUCGCGGAGUUCUCGAAGCCGACAGAACGCAACUCGGCGCUCGCGGCGCUCUCGUCCAUCGACAGUCUGGCGCGGAAUAACCUCAAGCGCAGCCAAGCGAUAGGUGACCGCAAUCGCAUAUCACCCAAAUCGGUGCAGGAGUCGCUACAGCGAUCGCAACGACAGGUGCAGCAGGUCAAGUUGCGACUAGGAUUGCAGAUAGACGACAAGGCGUUCCAGACCAUGGUCAACGACUCUGGGGUACUCCUCUCGCGCGACCACAACAAGUGGAACUAUGAUGUGAUCAUGGAGCUGCUCCAGGGGCCGCUGCUCAAUCCCAAGCGCCUAGACGAGGUCAUCCGCGCGACCAAGUUCAUCCGCCGCAUCUUCUCGUUCCUGCACCCAUUCAACAACCGCUUCAGCAGCAUACUGCGUACAAGACCAAACCAUAAAUGGGUACGGCUUGGGUGUGCGCUUCUCACUACCAUGCUCGUCAACCCGGAAGGCCAGCGCUAUCUCACUGAGGACAAGCUGUUGCGCCAAAUGGUCGAGUGUCUGUCCGAGCUCGACCAGUAUGCGGGGCAACCGAGCGCACAGCCCAUGUUCGCGCGCGACCGCCUCGAAAACACGCUCACGUACGGAUACUUCGAGAUGAUCGGCACGCUCAGCAAGCAUCACAAGGGCAUUCAGCUGCUUGAGAAGUUCAAGUUCUUCACCUCAUUCUACCACCUCUGCGAGCUGCGGUCCCGCGACGACAUCAUCAAGCUCAUCAUCGAGUGCUUCAACUACUCUAUCGACGCGCAUCAGAGAAUCGUCCUCUCCAAGGCGCUUACAUCGAGCUACCUCGACACCCGAUUAUUCACUACACACCACCUGGGAAGGCUGCUUUCGGACUCGCCAGAACUCACCGAUUGGGCGCUCACGCUCCUCGUAACACAGCUGUACGACCCUGCCAUCGAAGUGUGCGAGAUUGCCGUCAUGUACUUAGAAGAAGCGUGCACCGACCCGGUCAACCUCGAGAAGGUCGUGUCCCUCUGCCCCUCCCUCGAGCAUCUUGGUGACCUCGGCGCCAACCUCUUCCUCCGCUUCAUGUCCACAUCUACAGGCUUCCAGUAUCUCCUUGCGGCCCAGUACAUUGACUACGAGCUCGAGAGUUGGAUGGCCGAGCACAACAUGCUGUACGUGAUCGAGGUCGAGACGUUCGUGUCCAAGACGAUCCGUCCGUUGUCCAAGGACAAUCCGGACGAGUUCUGGGCGUACGAGGGUACAGCGCCGACGCACUUCUUCCGCGAGUUGUGCAAGACGCCUGAAGGAUGCCAGUAUCUGCGCGAGAAGGGACUCGUGCCCGAGUUCGCCGAAGUUAUCCGCAUGCACGGCCUGGAGGCGGAGGACACAACCGUGCUCAACAAGCUCAAGGCAGCUAUGUGGGUCAUGGGCAACAUUGGUUCCACCGAGGGCGGCCUCGCAUUCCUCGAGGACGAGGAGAUUAUCAAAGACAUCAUUGAGAUUGCGGAACGCUCACCAGUGCUCAAUAUGAAGGGCACUGGGUUCUUCGUCAUCGGCUUGAUCUCAUCCACCCAGAUGGGCGCCGAAAUUCUCGAGGAGUACGGGUGGAUCGCGGCGCGCACGCCGCUGGGACAGACCACCGGCCUUUGCCUCCCAAACGACCUCGAGCGGUUCGCCUAUAUCGAGCCGUGGACACGCGAAGAGAUCCGGCCGUACGUGCCCCCUUUGCCCACGCUCUCCGGUCUCGAAGGCGAGGUGAUGACCCUCAUCUCCAAUCUGAGCAACUAUGUGCUCGCCGCGAGCGCGAUGAACAACCUCAAACGCAUCCGCAACCGGCACCCGCGCCUCUUCUCGUCUACAACGCUCUUCUACCGCGCCCUCCGCACGAUUUCCACGAACCACUUCCAAGCUCCCGUCCGCCGCUUCAUCUGCGAUCUCUUCAGCGUCGAGAUCUCCCCGCAAACACUCAUGAAGCUGAUGCACCUCGAGCGCGGAUCCUACGCCCCCACCUCGCCCGUGCACGAGAAUGGGUGGCGGCUGAGCACGGACAGCAUGGACAGCGACACGCGCCGGCGCGCGCGCAGCUCGCCCGGCCCCGAGCCCACAGAGCCAUACCGCUCCACCCGCCCGCGCGGCGUCACGGUCGGCGCGACCAGCCUCUCGGAGGUGCCCCCGCUGCCGGCGUUUCACGAGCGCGACGCUGAGUAGCGCUGCGAUCUAUCAUCCAACAUUUGCAUGGUCAUGUAUCUGUACAACCAGUGGGUGGGCACGUUGGGAGGAGUACGGGAUGUCCAGCGCGUGGGCCGGCGAAUGUAGAGGAG